CACUGCACACACACCAAAUCAAUAACACAAGCCCAGCUGAAAGCCCUGAAAAUUUUGUGGGACCCUGUAUCUAGUGGAUCAAAAUGGAGGGAGCAUUCGGAGCGGGUAAGGCAGGAACGGAUUUUAACCCGGUGGAAUUUGUCCAGCGUCCUCAAGUCAUCCUCAGGUUGCUGAAUAUUCUCUUCUCCAUCAUAGUUUUUGGUUCAAUAUCAUCCAAAGGCUGGACUUUUGACACAAAGAAGGAAAUUUGUCUCUACAAUUCAGACGCAAAUGCUUGCAAUUAUGGAGUCGGGAUUGGUGUCAUUGCCUUCUUGGCUGCGGCUACGCUGCUUGCUGGAGAGUAUUUCUUCCCACAAAUGUCUUCGGUGAAAACUAGACGCCACUAUGUUCUUGGGGACCUUGCUUUCUCUGGAUUCUGGGCUUUCCUUUAUGGAGUCGGUUUCAUUUACCUUGCCAGUCAGUGGACCAAAACCGAUAGCUCACCUGCAGCAUUGGCUGCUGGCAACAAUUUGAGAGCUGCAAUUACUUUUUCGUUCUUCUCCAUCUUCACUUGGGCUGGUAGUUCUUUUUUUGCCUACCAACGCUACCGUCAAGGAGCUGAAUCGGCCUUUGCUACUGCCUACGAAACUGGAAUGGGUGGACCUGGAGGAGCUACUACGCCAGGAUCAGCUGGUGGUUAUACUUCGUUCCCUGGAAUGGGCACUACUGCAGAUCCUAUCGGUGGAGGCAUGGGUGGUGGUAUGGGAGGGGGUGCUGGUGGUGCAGGAGGCUAUCAGGGCCCGCCGUUCUCAUCAGCCGCUCGACCAGGUACCAUCGGGGAUUACCAGCCACCGACAUAUUAAGAGCCUAACGCACAGGCACGAAGAGAGUAAAUGUGGUAACAGGAAACGAGCCUGAUGCUUUAUGGCAUUCCAGAAAAUAGUACUAAAAAUCUCCCCAAGUUUUUUCUUUUUUUUUUUUUUGUUUUCUCUCUUGGCAAUUAAUUAUUCAAGGAAUAUCAGAAAUACGAUCCUAGUCUUCGUGAAUCUUGACGCGGUAGGCGUACCGCCACCAUCUCAAACUCGCGCCAUCCAUAUUUCUCAUUGCCCCCUUCCCUCUUUCUGGUAUUAUUUGCUGAACUUAACACACACACUGGAAGAAAAAGGGAAUUUCUUUGUUUGACAGAGAAGAAAGUGUCAUCAGCAUCAGUCGUUCUAUAAUUAUCAAGGAACUAAAUGUUUAUCAAUUUGGUGUGAUUGUAGGCUAGUCCGUUUUUUUCCCGAUAUUGUUUUCAUUCAGCACGUUGGUGUGAAAUCUCAUUAAUUGGUUCGAUCACACAAGUCUUAUCACUUUAAACGUUCGUUUUCGCCGCCUCCUCCCCACACUAACCGCCAAUCCCAUCACUCUUAUGAUUUACAGCAAUAAGACUAUAAAUUCAUUCAUUCUCGUUAGACGUAUAACACAAAACGAUUGCCUACAUGUCCAUCCCCACCCACUGACAUCCGCUUUAUUAUUGGAUAGUUCAAAGAGAAAAACAAGAGAAAAGAGGUCUACCAAUUUACCAAGAAUCUUUAGUUCAAGGCAGACUAAAUUAGACUCUACGACAUACUGGAGACAUGUUAUUUGUGUUCCUCCUCUCCUUCUUAAUCACUCGUCGAUGUAUUAUAGCAGAUGUAUUUGGUCUUGUUUUCUUUGUUGUUUUGGUCUGGCGAUUCAAGAAAAACAAAAAUAAAUAAAAAGUAUCAUCGGCUUGGA